UGCCAGGAGUGUCGACAGAAUGGCGUAUAAGGAGGCACAGUUUCCCCCGAAAUCCUGAGGCAAUGAACAGACAUUCAAGACACUCACAGACCUCACCAAGCCAGUUACCCAGACCCAGUUUCCAAGACUUCUUUAUCAUCAACUACCACCAUGCCUCAAGCAAUGAAGCUCAACGACAAGGCCCCUGCCAAUACUCCGCCGGCCCAAACGCCUCCAUGCAGCCCCAUCGAUGAAAGUCCCCAGCAGAGUGUGACAACAGGAUAUGGGUAUCAGCAUUCCGAUGAGAAAGAACUCGUAGAAGCUCUUCGCGAAGCCAGGGCGGAUUCCACCACCUCCAAAUCCAAUCACUCGGAAGACACUGCAGGUGGGUGUGCCAGCCCUAAGCAAGAUGGUAAAAAGAUUGUUCAGGAACAAGAGACUGUGUUGAAUGAUGCUUCUAAGCUGAAGCCGCAAGAGCGGGAGAUAUCCUUCUCACGCAACCCCGAAUCAGAAUCGCCCCGUGCUUAUGGAUAAAUAUAUGUCAGACAUACCACCCACUUGGAUGGAAUGUGAUCCCAUAUUUAUGGAUAACGAGAACGUUGGUUUCGAUCCUGCGAUGAAAGAAUGUUCCGAGAUGAGAACACCUAAAGCUAGCAAAGAAAACAUGGAGCAGUCAGGCACGCCGGUUG